AUUCGAUGGUUUUGGUGGCGGCAGAGUAUCUUUUGUUUGUAGGCGCCAGAUUCACCAGAACCGAACCGAAUCAACCGGCUGUUGAACUAGACUUAAAACUCUAGUACCGAUUUUAAGCACACAUUUGCGUCCUCUUGCAGAAGCUUGAGACACCGCAUAGAACUCGCGACCCUCUUCUAAGAACAGGCCUGAGACCACCGGGAAACGACCAAGUAUAUAGGACCACCGGUGACAGGAACGUCACCCAAGCAGAUAAAAAAAAAAUAUGGCGGCAUCAAUGGGAAAAAAACAAAACAAGAAAAAAAUGGAAGAGGUAGAUGAGGAAGAGGAGGAAUAUGUAGUUGAAAAAGUUUUAGACAGACGAGUGGUGAAAGGGAAAGUGGAAUAUCUGCUGAAAUGGAAAGGAUUCUCUGAUGAGGAUAAUACUUGGGAGCCAGAGGAGAAUUUGGACUGUCCUGAUUUGAUUGCAGAGUUCCUACAGUCCCAGAAGUCUGCACACGAAGCAGAGGGUAGCAAGCGCAAAGCAGAUUCAGACAGUGAGGUUGGGGACGAGAACAAGCCCAAGAAAAAGAAAGAUGAGGCAGAUAAACCAAGAGGUUUUUCUCGGGGAUUUGAGCCAGAAAGAAUUAUUGGAGCUACAGAUUCCAGUGGGGAGUUAAUGUUCUUGAUGAAGUGGAAAAACUCGGAUGAAGCAGAUCUUGUCCCAGCAAAGGAAGCAAAUGUGAAGUGUCCUCAGGUUGUGAUAUCCUUCUAUGAGGAACGGCUGACGUGGCAUUCAUACCCCUCAGAAGAUGAUGAGAAGAAAGAUGAAAAGAACUAAAUGCAGUUUGUACCAUCCUCAUGGUGGGUGACAUUUCCAAGCCGGCACUUCCACUACACAGUAGGGAGGGAGGCACAUGCAGGAUUCAUUGUCUGCCCUGCAGCCUGCGUCUGUACAUCAUACGUAGCUGUUUUUUAGGAGUGUCGGUGAGCAGAAUGCAGGAGACACUGCACCCUACAAGCUUUCCUCCUUCCCAAUAGUGUUACAGACUUUCUACAUUUUUACCAAGUAGCAUGUAAUGUUUGGCUAUUAGUUAUGUCUGUUGAAAGCUUUGAGGUCAUAGGGGGAGGGAAGGGUUGAGAAUUUUAUUUUUUAACCUUGCAACAAAAAAAGGGGGGGGAGAGAUUAUAAACCCUACUACUCUACAGGGAUCUUACAGACUAUAUACCUGUCAACCUAGACUCGGGUCCAGAAGAAUAAUGGAUGGAGUGGCUAUACAUUGUAUGCACAUACAAGGAUGAUGGACAGCUAUGUAUAUGGGAAGGGUUCCAUAGAUUUUAAAUGUGUGUUUGGGGGAGGAAGGCGCAAAGGGGAUUUAUUACAUAAAUGACAAAAAAGGUUAUGGGUUUCUGUAUCACUGGACACAGGAACUCGGUACUACUUAGAUUUUAUAACCCAUCUCAUUUAAGAUCCCUUUGUAAUUGUUUUUAAAAUAAAUUUUAAAAAAUCAAGGUUUUGGUCCUCACACUAGAACCACUGUAAAAACUGUCUGAUUUUGUAUAUUUUUUUUUAAAGCAUGUGCUCUGGGUUUAUGUGAAAAAUCUGUUUAAUGUCCAAGUAAAAUUUAGGAAGCAUUUUGUCAGUAUGUUGUCCUAUUAAAACUUUUAGAUUUAUAA